AUGUUGAGACCUCUAAGCCAGUCUUCCCUGUCCCCCUUCCCUGCUCCUCAAGGCAGCACCAAAGGCAGCUCCUCAAUAUCACUAUUUGUAAAUAGAUUGGACUCCAUGGAAUCCAUCCUGACUUAUGAAUACAAUAUCUUUGACUUCUGUGAACACUCUGGAAAGAGAAAUCCUUCCGAAAAUCUUGGACAAGUGCUAUUUGGAGAACGAAUAUCCUCAUCUCCUUAUAAGUUUUCUUUUAACAGAACAGGAACGUGUAUAAAAGUUUGUGUAAAAUCCUAUGAUAUAACAAAUGAUGACCAGAAGAAAAAGCUGGACUUUUUGAAGAAAGGAAUACAACUGAAUUAUCAACAUCACUGGAUUAUUGAUAACAUGCCAGUAAUAUGGUGUCAUAAUACUAAAGAUGGAAAAAAGUCCUGCACACCAGGAUUUCCGAUAGGAUGUUUUAUUACCCAGAGUGGCGAACCAAAACAUGCUUGCCUUAUCCACUCUGAAUUCAACAAAAGUAAUACUUACUUCCUCUUCAACCACGUUGAUAUUACUAUUACAUAUCACAGGGAAAGUGGAAGAAAUUGGGGUCCCUCAAGAUUGGUUUCUGCUCGACUUGAGCCCCAAAGCUAUAAGCAUUCAGGUGAAGGCCACCUAGCCUGUAAUGGAACCCCUAUGGAAAUUCCUCAAGAAGAUACAGAGAAGUUUAACGUAACCUACACUUACUCUGUGCGAUUUGAAGAAAACAAAAGCAUCAAAUGGGCAUCUAGAUGGGAUUAUAUUUUGGAGUCCAUGCCUCAUACCAACAUUCAGUGGUUUAGUAUUAUAAAUUCCUUUGUUAUCGUUUUCUUCUUAUCUGGCAUGGUGGCUAUGAUUAUACUGAGGACUCUCCAUAAAGAUAUUACCAAAUACAAUGAGAUGAGUUAUUCUGAAGACACACAGGAGGAAUCUGGUUGGAAGCUGCUUCAUGGGGAUAUAUUCAGACCACCAAGGAGUAGGAUGUUGUUGUCAGUAUUCCUGGGCCAAGGAACACACAUUUUAAUCAUGACGUUUAUCACCUUAGUUGUGGCGUGCCUUGGUUUCCUAUCCCCUCCCAACCGAGGCAGUUUAAUGACCUGUACCGUUGUGCUCUGGGUCCUUCUGGGAACCGUUGCCGGAUACGUGUCUGCGAGAAUGUAUAAGACACUUAAAGGUGUUCGUUGGAAGACAAACUUUUUGCUGACGGCACUAUUAUGUCCUGGUAUCGUCUUUGCCGACCUCUUUCUUAUGAACCUGAUUCUUUGGGUGGAAGGCUCAUCGGCUGCCACCUCCUUUCUUACUCUGAUAGGGAUUCUGGCAGUGUGGUUUGGAAUUUCAGUACCACUGACAUUUGUGGGGGCCUACUUUGGAAACAAGAAAACGUUUAGGUAUCCAGUUCCCACGAACCGAAUUCCCCGUCACAUUCCUCAGCAGAGUGUUUUUACGAAACCGCUGUUCGCCGUCAUGUUCGGUGGCAUUUUACCUUUUGGCUGUAUUUUCGUUCAACUCUUUUUCAUUCUGAACAGUAUUUGGUCUCAUCAGCUGUACUUCAUGUUUGGCUUCCUUUUCUUGGUCUUUAUAAUUCUCCUGAUUACGUGCUCCGAAGCUACGGUUCUGCUGUGCUAUUUCCAUUUAUGUGCUGAGGAUUAUCAUUGGUGGUGGCGAGCCUUUUUCACCAGCGGUUUCACAGCUGUUUAUCUUUUUCUGUAUGUGAUCCAUUACUUCUUCACCAAACUUCAAAUCACAGGCAUUGCAAGCACCAUUUUGUAUUUUGGGUACACGAUGGUCAUGGUCCUGAUUUUCUUCCUUGUUACAGGGACGGUUGGGUUUUUUUCCUGCUUUUUGUUUGUUAUGAAAAUCUACAGCGUGGUGAAAGUGGAUUAAAGACUGUCCCCAAAGGCCACAUGGCUUUUGAAUAUGUGCACCUACAUCUACAUGAACAUCUAGGAAGAUGUAUAGAUGUGCUUCCUAGUACGCCUUUUCAAUAAAUAUCACUUAAAAAUCU